CAUGUAUAUUGUCCCUUGUCUAAUAAUCUUGUUCAAGUUACUGGACAGCCUGGACGUGGUAAUGUUUAGAGGGGAAUGUAUGGUAGCCUGGUAGGUCCAUCCGUCCAUAUGUGUAGAGGUCGCCCAGGUCGCAAACGGGUUGUUCAGAUUGCGAUAAUUUGGUUCGAGUUCUCUUUAGGUGAUUUAGUCACUCACUUUGAUUUCAGAUUAAUUCAACACGCAUUACGUGUAGUAUAUAUUGCUCCGUAUGUUGUAUUGAGAUAUUUUGUUAGACGGAAAAGUAUAUUAAUAUUGUCAUACUCCGUAUAUAGUUAUAGUAUGGGUUGGUCCAAUGCAAAUAAAUAAUCAAAGUUAUCUAGUUUCGAGUAUAGUUAGAGUACCGUUUGAGCUAGGUAUAAUUAGGGCCAUUUCCAUUCUUGCAUGUUAUCUUUGUUUCGAGUUUUAACUAGUUUUCACUUACAUUGGAGGUCAAUUACAACUUCAUACUCCACUUUGAGUAAGUAACAAGUUGAGGCGAUCAAGUUAUUACAACUUUCUAAUUUAUGAAAAAGUCAGGAACAUGAUUAUAUUAGUAAACUAUUAGCUGAACAAUUGGUCUUACGCGCAACAGGUGUACGUUAAUAUUAACAUACACCAAACUGUCACACGUACGAAAUUUUUAAAAUCGUCGCCUUUCACUUACUCCUGCCAAAAUAAGAAGAGGAGAGAGAAAAUUAGAAAAAAUCCCCAAAACCAGAGGGGAGAGAACCUCGAUCAAAUUCUGCAAAUUCAUUCUCGAUUUUGAAGAUGAUUGAAUAAGGUUUAAAGGCUGCCAAAAAGAGAUGAUAUUGAAGAAGAGAAAAUUGAAUUGAAGAAAAUUUGCGAUCGGAUGCAAAGGCGAUAACAUUCUGCAAAUUUGGGGCUUGAAUUUCCCUCACGCGAUUGGUCCUCACUCCAAUUCGCAGAUAGGUACUGGUUUGCUUAAAGUUACCCUUUUUGUAGUUAAAGUUUGGGUAACUUCAACAUCAAACAAUAGUUUGGGAUGUGAAGAUGUGCAGCUGUUGAUAUGGAGCAGGAGAUGCAGAGUAUACAUUCCCAAACUUUGGCCAGCUUUUUUUGUUUAGCUCAGAAGAAGCCUCGUGUUGUCUGGUCCGUGGAGCUGCACCGCAAGUUUGUUGCUGCUGUAAAUCAACUUGGCCUUGAGAAGGUUGUACCUAAGAAAAUCCUAAAAUUGAUGAAUGUCGAUAAGCUUAACUCGGAUACUUUUUGGCUCAAUCCCAGAUACCCAGCCACCAUAACCAAUAUAGUCACCGUGAGUACAACUUCAGCAUUGGAGGCAGGUGAUGAAGUUCCCAGUAGGAGGCUAGGAGCAACAGGAAUUCGAGAAGGAAGUAUUGCCAGAAGAUGGGUCAAACCAACAUAAUGGAUGUUGGAGCAAUAUUUUGUAUUGAUUGUUUAUUGGUUCUUUUGUGUUUUUUUGGAAGCAGAUUUGGGCAAGAUUUUACUUAUUAGUUGAUGGGUUUUGGGAUAUAAUAUUUUGGUGUAUAGGUCUA